CAACAAGCCACGGAAAGAGGGGAAGUGGAAGAAGAGAUGGAGAACACAGAACUACAGGAGCUAUCGGAGAAUGAGCGACAUCAGCUAAAACACCGAGAACUCUUCCUAUCACGACAACUGGAAUCUUUACCAGCAACCCACAUCAGGGGUAAGUGCAGUGUUACACUGCUAAACGAAACAGAGUUGCUUCUAUCCUAUCUGGAACGUGAGGACACUUUUUUUUAUUCGCUCGUCUAUGAUCCACAACUGAAGACCCUUUUGGCAGAUAAGGGAGAGAUUCGUGUUGGCCCCCAGUACCAGGCAGACAUUACAGACCUACUGAAAGAAGGGGAGGAGGAUGGAAGAGAUCAGUCCAAAAUGGAAGCCAAGAUUUGGGAUGGCGACACCCCACUGACAGACAAACAGAUUGACCAGUUUUUAGUUGUGGCUCGGUCUGUAGGUACGUUCGCCCGUGCUUUAGACUGCAGUAGUUCAGUAAGACAGCCCAGUUUACACAUGAGUGCAGCAGCUGCCUCCAGAGAUAUCACCCAGUUUCAUGCCAUGGACACCCUGUACAAAAGUACUUAUGAGGUUUCGCGGGCCAUCUCUGCACUAGUUCCACAGGGAGGUCCAGUGCUAUGUCGGGAUGAAAUGGAAGAGUGGUCUGCUUCAGAGGCCAACCUGUUCGAAGAAGCACUGGAGAAGUAUGGGAAGGACUUUGAUGACAUCCAACAGGAUUUUUUACCUUGGAAGUCAUUAACCAGCAUUGUUGAGUAUUACUACAUGUGGAAAACCACUGACCGAUAUGUACAGCAGAAACGGUUGAAAGCAGCUGAAGCAGAAAGUAAACUGAAGCAAGUGUACAUUCCUAACUAUAAUAAGCCAAACCCAAACCAGAUCAACGGAAGCAGUUCAAAGACUGGAGCGGUGAAUGGAGGGAGCGUGCUGGCACCAAAUGGGGCAGUGGCAGUGCCAGGACCAGGGCGAGCUUGUGAGAGCUGUUUCACCACACAGUCAUACCAGUGGUACUCGUGGGGCCCGCCCAACAUGCAGUGUCGGCUCUGCGCAGCCUGCUGGGCUUAUUGGAAGAAGUAUGGUGGACUGAAGAUGCCAACUCGGCUGGAUGGUGAAAGGCCAGGACCAAACCGGAAUAACCCGAAUGCCCAUGGCCUGCCACUUCGGAAUAGCACCAGUCCCAAGUUCGCGCUGAAGACACGGCAGGCCUUUUAUCUGCAUACAACCAAACUGACGAGAAUAGCCAGGCGUUUAUGUCAAGACAUUCUGCAGCAGGCGGCACGACACCCCCAUGUGCCCAUUAACAGUGCAGCCAUCAAGGCGGAAUAUACACUGCGAUUACCAGCAGCACCAAAACAAACCAUAGGAUUGAAACGAGUGGUUAGAAAACCCUUGGAAACAAUCGUGGAGUACCUAGAGGCUCAUCCAUGCCCGAAACAAGACCGUCCAAAUGCCAGUUUGCACAUCAGCAAUGUGACACCUGCCAAGCUGAUGCCCAUCUUAAAUCACAGCUCUCCAACCAUCCUGGGCAAGCGCAGUUACGAACAACACAAUGGCAUAGAUGGCACCAUGAAGAAACGUCUGCUGAUGCCUUGUAGGGGUAUGUCGAACCAUGCACAAGGGAGACAGAUGGGACCUGCUCGAAACUCUGUGGUCAAUGGGAGGUCUUACCCAGCCAGUGUCAGAGCUCCACGAGCAGGCUUGGUGCCACCAGUGAGGCGUAGGCGGCUAAACUGGAUCGAUGCCCCUGGCGACGUCUUUUUCAUGGCAACUGAUGAAACCAGGAAGAUCCGCAAGUUACUUACUUCCUUUGAGAGGAGACGGAGCGGGAGGCGGCCCCAAGCACAGAUCGCCAUUGAACAGUGUCCCCCAGACCCUAUGAAAGGUCAAAAACCUCCCCCCAAUGAUGAGCCCAUUGUGAUCGAAGAUUAACUGAGAAAAGUCAACAUCAGUCAUCUGCCUGCACUUCAUCCUGAUGGUGUUGGCUUCGCCAAGAGGAAAAGGAAUUGUAUUUUCUUUUUUUAAAAAAUAUUUAAAACGAUCUUUAUCUUUGUAACAGUGCCCUCAUCUGAAUCUGAGGCCAAAUGGUACUUGUUGGUUAUCCGCCCUUCCCAUCAUUUGUUUUUUGUCAUUGGACUUCAGUAAGAAAGACUUGCACUUAUAAAGCUUUCACGACUUCAGGAUGUCCCAAAGUGUUUUAUAGCCGAUGAAGUACUUUUUGAAGCAUAGUCACUGUUGCAAUCAUAGAGAUGUAGGGAAAUGUGGCAACAAAAUUGCACACAGGGAAACUCUCACAAAGAGAAAAGAAUUAAAUGACCAGAUAAUCUGCUUUUGAGGAUGUUGCUUGAGGGAUAAAUAUUGGCCAGGCUACCAAGGAGAAUUCCCAGUAUCUGUUUACCGGCUAUGAAGUCAAUUUAAAUUAUCAAGAUACAAGAGAGAAAGCAGAAAUUGUAUUUUCAGUUUUGGGCGUCAGACUGGUGAAGAUGAGAACUUGGUCCAAAUGGAGAGAUCUAUGGUUCUGGGAUGAGCCGUCUGAACCCAUCACGCUCUGUGUUUUAGUAUUCCUGACAAAGUUGUGCAUCCUUGGAAAUGCCAGCCUCACAAACUUUCCUGAUCAAUUCAAGAGGGGAAGCCAAGAAUUUGUUAUUUCCUCAUUUUCUCCCCACUGGUGCUGCCUCACAGUUCCAGGGAGCGCUAGCCAAAAUCAACUGCCUUGCACCCAACCCCUCCUUUGCAUCACAGCCGAAACACAAUGCAUUAACGUGCUUUCCUGUUCCACACAGUGACUGAACUGGUUAUUUCCAACAUCAGUGGUGGGGGAGUGGUAUUUAAAAAUCCCAUUUUCUCCCCUCUUCUUCUGAAGCUGCUAACUUCUUCCUGUGGCAUAGUUCUGCAAAAGUCAGCAGCUUUCGAGUGUCUCAUGCAAAUGGCUGGUGUACUUGAUUAAUGAGUAGUGGCUGGCUGUUCGACCAUGGAAAGAAUCAUAGCCAAGCCUGAUCCUGUCCUCACACGACACUCAAGCAUCUGCACUUUCCAACAGGCUAGUGCCAAGAGCAGGAACAUGGCCUGGUUAUUUUCCAGAUUCUGGUCUGGGAUCCCUAAGCCAGUAGUAGCUCUCUUGUGACUAACUUUCCCCAAAGGCGUUUAUAAAGCCCUCAAUACUAAAGGAAGUGGAGGGGAGGGAGUUUCAACAAAAAACAAUAACAUACAUUCUCUCUCUCUGUCUCUGCCUCUGUCAAAUUUAGUUCUCACCCAACUACCUGUUCCUUCUCUGUUUGCCUGCCUGUGAUAUACAGAUGUCCUAGAGAUGGUUCCCAGAUGAGGACCAGUGAGGCUUCAGUGUGACAGUAUAAAACGGUGGGGGGGGGGGAAGGAUGUAGGAUAAUUUUAUUGUGUAAUUGUGUAUUACCUUCUCAUUCUGUUCAAAGAGCUUCACAGUUAUCCACCUUCCCACUUGUUGGCUGGUUUAAUUUCCCCUCUCACUCGAUGAGUUUAUGAUCUCUCUUGAUCUUUUUAAUCCUAAAUCUCAUCCCUAACCUUUCCCUGAAUCAUAGUCUCUGCUUUCCAUCUCUAACAACCUGGCUGCUUGUAAAAAGACCCUGAAGGUUUGACAGAGCUCAGCACCACAUUACAAUGACCCCCAAUUAGCUGAAUAUCCUUUGAGGUUGGAGUUCAUUUUUAAAAUGUAUGUUUGUCUUUUGUUUUUUUUUAAAAAAGAUUUUAGUUUGAACACAACAAAUUGAAGACUGCGUAACUUCCUGUUUGUGAAUAAAAAUGGAGUUUAUGUUAA